CCGGUAACCCACUUACGGUUAAAAAUUUGGUCUCUCUUUUCAUCGGUUUAUAUGUUCGUAGCCGAUCCUUUCUCUUCAUUCACAGAGUCGGCUGAAACACGAUGAUCCGCGGACAAUAUAGAUUCAAUCAUACAAUUCAACUCCCCUCCAGGGACCCACUUGAAGACCAUCAAAUGACCGGAAUUUCCUCGCCGGUCUUCAUCGGCGCCGGUGUUGACUUCUCUUCUGCCAUUCACCGUUACCUUCCCUCUGCGGCUGAUUCUGACGAAGUGGACGCGGCGGACUCGCCGGUUGAUGGUUUUUCCUGUGACGAUUUUCGGAUGUUUGAGUUCAAAAUUCGGAGAUGCCCACGUGGUCGGUCGCAUGAUUGGACGGAGUGUCCGUAUGCCCAUCCCGGCGAGAAGGCUCGCCGGAGAGAUCCGAGGAAGUAUCAAUAUUCCGGCACGGCUUGUCCGGAAUUUCGGAAAGGGAAUUGCAAGAAAGGGGAUUCUUGCGAACUUGCUCAUGGGAUUUUCGAAUGUUGGCUCCAUCCCGCUCGGUAUCGGACUCACCCCUGUAAGGAUGGAUUGGCCUGCCGCCGCCGUGUCUGUUUUUUCGCCCACACGACAGGGCAGCUUCGGGUUCUGUCACAGCAGAGCCCGAGAACUCCGGUUUCGGGCGACUCACUCGCAUUCGAUUCCUAUUUCGCCCAUGGGUCAUUUCUGACCUCACCCACUUCAAUUCUAUCAACGCCGCCGGUCUCCUCGCCGUCCGAUUCGCCUCCUAUGUCGCCGAAUUGCCCCCGACUCGGCGGCGGGUCGUUUAAUUCGAUGAAUGGGCUCGUUUUGUCCAUGCGUAACCUUCAAAUGGGGGAAAUGAAAGCAACCCCUCAAUGGGGGGUUCAAAAGGGACAAAAUUUGCAUUCUCCCUCCGGCUCUGGUUUCUACAGCUCACCGUCGACUCCGACCACCGGGAAUUACGAAUUAUGGGGGAAGAAUUAUGAAGAAGAACCUCCAAUGGAAAGAGUGGAAUCUGGGAGAGACCUGAGAGCUAAAAUGUAUGCGAAACUCAGCAAAGACAACUCAGUGGCGCAGCCAUUGACACCCGAUGUCGACUGGGUCUCGGAGCUACUGAUGUGGACAGGGUGAAUUCCAUCCGUUGGAUUCAAAAUCGGUGGCCUUUUUGGUGGAUUUCUGCAAUUUUCAGCGUUUUAAAGGGUUUCUUUUUCUUAAUGAACAGAGAUAAACAAAUUACUCUGUUUUCGUUGUACAUAAGAAUACGGGCUUUUGAUUUGAUUUUGCAGGGCUGCUGAAGUCGGUACAUAAGAAGACUGCCGGUCGCCGGUUUCCUGUUGCCGGCUGCCGGUUGCCGGCUGGGCAUUUGAUUUAAUUUUCAAUUGUUAUUUUGUAAAUAAUGUUUUCGGACCAAUGAUAAAUUUAUU